CUAUAUUACUGGGAAAGGGUGAGAGUUUCCAUCCCGGUCCGCCCCUCUCCCCAGUCCCCUGCUCCGGCUGGUUGGGUGCUGGCGUCGCCACCGCGUCACGCAGGCAACAGUUUGAGUAGAGAGGGCCAGACAGUGCUGUUUGAGACACAGUUACGGGAACAGUGGCCCGGGAUCGCUCCGCAUAUAUGGAUGGAAGGCUGUGAAGUGUUUGCUUUUAUAUGACAGGAAGUCAAGAAAUACCAUUGUGUCCGUCACUACAACACUCGUGACUAUGGCAUCCUCGCAGGAAGUCAUCACUCAGCAUUCAUGCUGCCAGCGGAUCACCAGGAAGGAUGAAUAUGAAGAAGUGAAGGAAAGCAUAAAGCAUCCUAAGGAGCUGAUGAGAGUGGCAGCCACACACCCUGCUGACUGCGGCACGCCCAUGGGUUCUCCACCAUGGCUUGACACUGACAAACUAAAAAUGGCUCAGUCGUUGUUCCGUCGACACUUCCUGGGCGUGUUCAUCAGCAACCUGGUGGGAUUGCUGUGUCUGCUGGCCGUGCAUAGCGUCCUCAAGGUACUCGUCUUCACCCGUCGCUCCUCGGUCCGCGCCGCCGCCUUCAGGAGAUACUUGUCCACCAUGAACCACGUUAGGAAGUGGUAUACGGAAGAUGUAUUUGACCCAGAUUCAAGUGCCUUCAGGUCCAUCCAGCAGGUGAGGAAGAUGCACUCAAAUGCAUUCAGAUCAGCCGAAUCAGCCCAAGUGUCUACCGCUUCCCAGGCUGACAUGAUGGUAACUCAGUGGGCCUUCUUCGGCGUGCUACUUACCCGCGGCCAUCGCCUCGGGGUUCGCUGCUCCAGAGAGGAAGAGGAAGGCCUUGUGCACUUUUGGAAGUCAAUUGGACACUUGCUGGGGAUAGAGGACAGGUUCAACUUAGCCUCAGGCGAACUGGAGGAGGUAAGAACACGGUGUGAAAAACUGAACGAGGUGAUGGCGGCUGCCCUUGUCUCGCCACCUGACCAAUUCUCUGCCAUGGCGGAGGCGCUGCUGUGGGGGGUACACGGCAUCGUGCCCAUGGUAGAUCCUCCAGCAUUCACAGCGUUUACCCACAACAUGCUAGGCCUUCCUCAGCCCACUCUCAGGCUCUCCUGGUACUCUCUCUUCAUGCUGAGACUCAUGGAGUACAACUUCAGUGUAUUGGUUCACCUUCCCUUGAUGGGGCGUGUUCUGCAGUGGUAUCAGAACGGCCUUCUCACCUUGGCCAUCAACACCUGCACUCUUUACCCGUCCGUGCCCGCCUUCUGUGGCAAAGUAGAAAAGGCAGUUUUACAAGCUGUAGAUGCCGUAUUGGCUGUCUUCCAAAAGGUUAUUUGUUACUUUUCGUAUUCCUAUUCGUUCAAGAGAUGAGGAUUUUUUAUGUGAAACAAAGUAACUGACACCAAAUACGAAAAAAUAAAGUACUGAUAUAGUUGUGGUCCUUUGCCUGUAAGGAUCAGAUCUCAUUGGUUUCAGGUUAAUGUAUCUGGAACGCUUUCUUAAGUGUUGGGGUAGAAACAAUAUUAAUGCAUCCAGACCAACCGCUUGCAAAGGACUGUUGAGCAGUGAGUCGUGGGUCCAGCACGAGCCACAUUGUGCGUCUCCUCUUCAACUCACGGCGUGGACCGGAUUUGUGCAAGCCUCUGUGAGGUUGUUUGGAGUGUGAAUGUAAUGCUGGUGGUGAUGAAACACACACACACACACACACACACACUAAGAAAAAAGAAUUGGGAUUAAGGUUCCCGGCUUGAUAUGGUCCUGUCAUCACUUAGGUAUGUAAUAUCUAGAACCAAGAUUUGAAAUCGAAACAUUAUUUAUUUAUUUAUUUACGCGUCAGAACACUAUGUUUGUGUUGUAGUAAAAUAUAUUAACGGGGUUAGACUUUUUACGUAUGAUUAUUUUUUUCACGAUUAAAUGAUGUAUGUAUGUACAUGUACUCACUAUGUUCUGCAAGAAUGAAGUCUUGAAUAUA